GCGGCCCCAGCCGGCGGCGCACUUCCGCCCGCCCGGGUCGCCGCGGUGCGGGCGGCGGGGCCUGGCUGCGGCCUGCACCUGCCCGGGCGCGUGCCGCGGGCCUCGGGAGUGGGGUGGACAAUGGCGAUGGAUGUGACCUUUCUGGGCACCGGUGCAGCGUACCCGUCCCCCACCCGGGGUGCCUCGGCGCUGGUCCUCCGGUGUGAGGGCGAGUGCUGGCUUUUUGACUGUGGAGAAGGAACUCAGACACAGCUUAUGAAAAGUCAGCUUAAAGCAGGGAGAAUUACCAAGAUCUUUAUCACACACCUUCACGGAGACCAUUUCUUUGGCCUGCCCGGCCUCCUGUGCACCAUCAGCCUGCAGAGCGGCACCGCCGGCACGAAGCAGCCCAUUGAGAUCUACGGUCCCGCGGGGCUGCGCGACUUCAUCCAGAAGACCAUGGAGCUCUCGCACACGGAGCUGGUCUUCCCGUAUGUGGUCCAUGAGCUGGUGCCCACAGCCGAUCAGUGCCCCGCAGAGGAACUGAAGCAGUGGGCUCAGGAGUCGGGAGCAGACAGCCCCCCCAAGGAGGGGCAAGGGAGAACGAUCCUCUUAGAUGUGGAAGAAAAUGCCUACCUCCUGGUGGACGAUGAACAGUUCGUGGUAAAGGCAUUUCGCCUCUUCCAUCGAAUUCCCUCCUUUGGGUUUUCAGUCGUGGAGAAGAAACGCGCAGGUAAACUCAAUGCACAGAAGCUGCGGGACCUCGGUGUCCCGCCAGGUCCUGCCUAUGGAAAGCUGAAAAAUGGAAUUUCUGUGGUCCUGGAAAAUGGAGUUACGAUUUCCCCCCAAGAUGUCUUAAAGAAGCCCGUCGUAGGAAGAAAGAUCUGCAUUUUGGGCGACUGUUCCGGGGUUGUGGGUGAUGGGGGCGCGAAGCUGUGCUUCGAAGCAGACCUGCUGAUCCAUGAGGCGACCCUGGAUGACUCCCAGAUGGACAAAGCAAAGGAGCAUGGCCACAGCACCCCGCAGAUGGCAGCUGCGUUUGCCAAGCUCUGCCAAGCCAAAAGGCUGGUUCUGACUCACUUCAGUCAGCGGUACAAACCCGUCGCCUUGGCCAGGGAGGGAGAAACAGAUGGGACUGUAGAACUGAAAAAGCAAGCCGAAUCAGUGUUGGAUCUCCAGGAAGUGACUCUAGCGGAAGAUUUCAUGGUGAUUGGCAUUCCCAUCAAGAAGUGAGACCCAGCUGCCACAUCUGUGACUGUUUUUAAACCCACAGUUCAAUGUGUUGUUGUUACUGUUGUACUUAUUAUUGUUUUUGGUCUAAAGUGAUCUGAGUCCUCAUAACCACGAUGGUGCUGCAAUU